AUGUGCCUUGGGGUCUACGGCCCUGGGAUUCUGGGCAUUCAAAUGAAGGAGAUUCAGAAACUGGAAGGAGGAGGAAAAGGCUGUUUCAUUUUUAAGCGCCUGGAAGCUCUACCACUAAAACUCGGAGCGUAGCGCACUGAUCAACGACUUAUAAAUGGGCUAGAAGCUGCUGCUGAAGAUGGCGCUUCCGGCCUUGUUUUAAAUGUGGCCGUCACUAAGCAGAGACUCUGCUUUGCACGUCCUGAAGCCGGAGCUCUGGGAUGCAGAGGUGGCACCACGAGUCCUCGGGUCCUCGGCACGCUAAGAGUCAGAUCUGGCCCCCAAUUGUGCCUCUCUGUUGUAAAAUGAAGACUGCACACCCAAUCUUCCACGCUUGAGCAACGUCUUUUAACCCACUGAGAAUCCUGCUUGGGAAUGAUGGUGGCGCAGCCUUGGCCUCUCCCUUUUUUUGCCAACAUCGUAUUUUUGUACAUUUCUGUUCUUUCUGAAUCCAGGAACAUUUGGAAUCGGGAAUCGAAGCAGCCCGACUUCCACCGGGAAGAGGGACAAGGAGCCACGUCUGAUCUUUACGGAGGGCUGGGCCCAUCCCUUUCAGGCUGUGCACCAUUGGUUCUGCUGCCCGGCGGCAGAUGCUCCGUUCUCCGUGCCAAGCAGGGAUGCCGGGGCCUCCGGGAUGUCACUGAGCGGCCACGUCUGCCGAGAAACCUGAGCUUGGGCCUGAAUGGAGGGCAGGGCCCAGAAGGAAGCCGAGAAGACCCGAAAAAGGAUGCCAAGCGGGUGCUGGUGCCCUGAAGGACCUCCGGGACAGUGGACCAUUGAUGGUGCUCCUGGGAUGGGGAUCGCUAUGGCAACGGAAAGAAGAGCCGGGACCGAGAAGAAAGGGAGAGAUUUGGGGCAUCCACAGAUGCUCUCAGAAGUAAAGUGGGAUGAGACCUCACAGUCCAGGACUUCAGCUUCUGCUCCUCCUGUUCUCCUCCUUGACCGCUCCAUGGACCGGCUCAGAAAUUGGGGCAGCGGAACAGGAUUUGGGGGGGAACCCCCACCCGGGAUCCCCUUCAGCCGGGGAUGGAGGUGGACAGGAAUGGCCAGACCGACAGACAGACGCCCCCCGCAUCGUUGGGGGCUACGUGGUGGCCCCCCACUCCUCCAAGUAUCUGGUGUCUCUGAAGAGGAAGACGGGCUUCCACUUCUGCGGGGGGGCGCUGGUCAGCCGCAGCUGGGUCUUGACCGCUGCCCACUGCAAGACAGGAAAGGACCAGAUGCUCAUCGUGGCCGGAGAAUAUUCCCUGUCCACUUUUGAGGGCACCGAGCAGAUCUUCCGGCCGGCCCGCAUGGUGCUCCAUCCGGACUACAGCACCUCUUCGAAAAAUGCGGACAUCAUGUUGAUUAAGCUGAGCCGCCCGGUGGCCGACAGCCCCUUCGUCUCCAUCGUGCCGGUCCCUCGGCAAGGGACGAAGGUUCGGGCCGGCCGCUUCUGCCAGGUCUCCGGCUGGGGCUACACCACGCCCAUCAGGGGCAGGACGUCGGACACCCUGCGCAGCGUCCAGUUGCCCCUCGUCUCCACCUGCAAAUGCAACAGUUCCGCUUCGUACGCCGGGUACAUCACCAAGAACAUGAUUUGCGCCGGAUUCGGCUGGGGAGGAAAAGACGCCUGCCAGGGUGACUCCGGGGGGCCGCUGGUGUGUGAUGGGCGGGUGUUCGGCAUCGUUUCGUGGGGACACAGCUGCGCCAGCCCCGGGUAUCCCGGCGUCUACACAGCCGUAGCGAACUUCCAGAAGUGGAUCUACAAGACCAUUUUCCAGAAAUAAGGGGUGCUUUUGGGGUGGGGUAUGCACCUAGGCUGACUGAAGCUCCUUCGCAUCGGGUUUGUGUGUGUGUGUGAGCUGAACAACUUGCAGUGAGCUUCAGCUUCUUUCUUUCCCACGCUCCCUCCCCCCAUUCCUUUCCCUUCAUUCCUUCUUUCCUUCCCUCAGUUUUCCUAAAUUUCCUUUUUAUUUGGGAUGCAAACAAAGAACCAGACGAGAAACUACUCUUUAUUUUGACAACCAGUUCCUGCAGAGAGGUGGACUGUGUGACUCCCGGGGUCAGUGACUGUGAAAGAACCCACAAGGGGACCCACAAAGUCAAGGAACUUGCUGUCUGCCUUUUAGCAGAAUCCACCUCCCUGACUGCCAGGGGAUGUGAGGUGACAGCGAUGAGGCCAUUACGAAAACCCACUAAGUCAUUGCAGCCUGAGGGCUGGGUUGCUAGGAGACCAAGCCCAGCUGAUCUGGGACAAGGGAGGCGGAUAGCGAGGCCCGGAUCCUCCGGCCACGCAAGGGGUGCGGCGGGGGCCUCCAGUUUGGAUGUACGCAAGUACACAAGCGAGGGCUGAUUAAAACGUCACACCGAGACAUCAUUUGUUGAGCAAUGGCUUACUAAGUGAGCCACAACUGGCUGGAUUGACACACAUUUCCGGAAGUUAAACAGUCCGGCAGAUGCAAUGAUCAAUAUUCCCCCUGUGGACAGACCCAGCAACACAGCUGGGACUCAGAAAUAAGGAGCUUGCACCUCCCAAACAUCUGGAACAUCUUCCCAAAGAAGCUGGCCCUAGGGGCAGAAUUGCGCCACCAGGAUCCCAUUGGGGAGCUGUUCCUUCAGCACCUUCCUGCCACCGGUAAGCGCCCCUUAAGUCGGCUGGCCAGAUGGGCGGCCCCCUCAGCCCCCACUCGCUGACAACUAAAGACUUCAGCAGCCCCCAUCCCUGGGGGGCCGAGAACCCCAGGAGAUCCACCUGCAGAGACGGGUUCCGGAUC